AUGGAUUUGACUCAGCCGGCGAGCAGCAGGGGGAAGGAGGAGGUGAUCAAAGUGGACCUGCCCCGCCCCGAAGCCAUCGACCCGCAUCAGCGGGUGGUGCAGCUGGAGCGGGCGAUCGUCUACUUGCAGGAGCAACACGCGGCGCUUCUCCGAGGCCUCCAGGACGAAAUCGAGGAGCUGAAGCGAAGAAAUAAAGACUUGCAGACGAGGCUCGUCUUCGCCACGGGAGGCACCGGCUGGGAGGAGAAGCCCAAAGACGCGGAGCGGAUCAAGGAAUUACAGGCGGAACUCGAUAAGAGACAGGGCGAACUGGAAGACGCCACGUCCAGGAACAAUUACCUGCAGAAGCUCAUCAACGACCUCAAGAGGUACUCAUCAUAA